AAAUUUUACAAUUUCUGGUUUUCACAUUUUAGAGAAAAAAAAUAGAGAUCCGAAAUUUCACCUUACGUCACUAAAAAGAAAAAAAGAAUUUUAUUUUUUUCAAAUCAAAUUGGAAUAUUUUCUAGGAUUUCACUUUUUGAUUCUUUAUAAACCCUUGAUCAUCAUCAUCAUCAUCAUCAUCAUUUUAUUUAAAUCAAGCAAUUCUUUGAAAAUCAGACAAAAUUUGUUUUGAUUUAUGACAUUUUUUUUUUAUUGUUUGAUCAAAAGUUAAGAAACAGUUUUACAAAAUUCUGUGCCACCAUCACCGAUGCCGGAGAAUCGGGAAGUUCAGAACAAUGCUGUAUCGAAUCAAUCCGCUGAUAACAGUGAAGAAUCAGCCGCAUACCCUGAUCGUCCUGGUGAACCGGAUUGUUCUUAUUAUUUAAGGACUGGUUUGUGUGGUUAUGGAAGUAACUGUCGUUUCAAUCAUCCAACUUAUGCUUCUCAGGGUGGCCAAUAUAGAGAAGAACUCCCUGAAAGAGUUGGACAGCCAGACUGUGGGUAUUUUUUAAAGACAGGAACUUGCAAAUAUGGAUCAACAUGUAAAUAUCAUCAUCCAAAGGACAGGAAUGGGGCUGGACCUGUUACAUUGAAUGUUCUUGGUCUUCCUAUGCGUCAGGAUGAAAAAUCAUGUCCUUAUUACAUGCGGACUGGAGCGUGCAAGUUUGGAGUUGCCUGCAAGUUCCAUCAUCCCCAGCCUGCAUCACCUGCAGCUGGCUUACCUGUAAAUGGAUCUGUGGGAUCAUCAAUUUUGCCACAAUCAGGAUUGCCAUAUGCUGGUGGAUUACCCACAUGGCCAUUAUCUAGGGCACCAUACGGCCGUGGGAACCCACAUUUACCGGGUUCUCAGAGCUACAUGCCUGUUGUUGUUUCUCCUUCACAAAGCAUAAUACCUGCUCAUGGCUGGAGCACCUACAUGGGAAAUAUGAGCCCCAUAUCUCCUACUGGUAUUCUUGGAUCCAAUUUCGUCUCCUACUCAAUGAAUCCUGCUGAGUCAGGUUCCAGUGGACGGUUGCUCUUGUCAUCAACAUUUGGUUCAAAUUUUCCUGAAAGACCUGAUCAACCAGAAUGUCGGUACUACAUGAACACUGGCACUUGCAAAUAUGGAUCUGAUUGCAAGUACCAUCAUCCAAAGGAAAGGAUUGCAAAUUCAGCUGUAAAUGGUAUUAGUCCACUUGGGCUACCUUCUAGACCUGGGCAAGCUGUAUGUUCUAGCUACAAUAUGAAUGGUCUCUGCAAAUAUGGGCCAACUUGCAGAUUUGAUCACCCUUAUGUGGGAUAUCCUUAUAAUUAUGGUCUAAGCCUGCCUUUAUAUGUGUUUGAUGCAUCUCUCCUAACAUAUCAAAGAAUGCCACCAGCCGCCCAUUUGUCCGAAGCUCCUCUGCCAUCAAAGCUUCCUGAUUGGGCACGGAACACCAACUCCGUGAGCAAGAAACAUCACAACUUGGAGACCAAGAAUUCUGAUGAUCCACCCGAACAGGCGGCUUCAAAAACCUCGAAUGAUUAAACCGAUUUAAUCAGUCAUUUUGUUACCUGUUGUCCCUUUUGUUAAUUCGUACACUUCAAAGAGACUUUCAUGAUAUAUACUUCCUGCACCCCUUUCACCUGUGGUUCAGCAGUUUUAUAGGCCGUUUGGAGUUUUGCAAUACUGGGGGGGCAGAAGGCUUUUUUUUUUUUGGGUGGUGAAUAAUGCAGGUGAAAAAGUUGUAAGAUCCUUUUAUUUCUUGGAGCUGAUCUUGUAUUCAGGAUUAAUGCUUCUAUGUCAAUAGGAUGUUUUAGUUUGGCGGAGAUGGUUGAGUCUUACAUGGUUAGCAGUUGGUAGCUCAGGUCCCAUAGAGUCAAGAACUAGGUGUAAUGAGUUGAGACUUGAGAGUUAUGGUUUAUUUUAAUUUUUAUUAAAGAUCUAAUGGCUAGAUAUUUUAUGUU